AUGAAUUAUUAAGCUGUUUUAGAUUAGAUCAAAUGUUAUGAACCUCACUUCGAAGAUUAUAAUUUCCUUGAGUUUUAGAAGUUUAAUCCUAAGUUAAUAAUCACUAAUAAUUAUGUUUAUUAUGGGCAAUUUGAAAACAAUCUUAGACAUGGAAAAGGUUAAUUCUGCAUCUCUAUGAGAUAGGUAUACUCUUAUAACACAGUGGACGCAAGUAUGAAGGGCAGUGGUAGAAUGACUAGAAAUAAGGUUAUGGUUGGGAAUUGUUGGCCAAUGGAUCUCAAUACGAGGGAAAUUAUGCAAUGGGAAAACCGCAUGGAUAAGGCAAAUUUAUUUGGCCCAACGGAGAAGUGUAUGAAGGUGAAUGGAACUUGGGCGUUAAGGAGGGUCAAGGUAAUAAAUCCAAGUUUAUUAUUAAAAGGAACAUGGUACGGUUUAAAAGGAGAGUAAUACUAAGGGGAAUGGAUAAACAAUGUGGCUUAUGGAUACGGAGAACACAUUCAUAGCAACGGUGAUCGUUAUGUGGGGAAUUUCAAGGAUUGGCUGAAAAAUGGAGAGGGUCAAGAAUACUUUAGCAAUGGUGACCGGUACCAAGGGAACUAUUAGAAUGGUAAACCUCAUGGCUAUGGAGAAUAUUAUUGGAGUAAUGGGGCCGUAUUUUAAGGGUACUUUAAGGAUGGAUUGAGAUGCGGAAAAGGAAUUUGGAAGAGAAGAGAAGAUUCUCCAUCCGAUCAAUAUUAAGGAGAAUAUGAAGAGGAUAAGAAAAAUGGAUAUGGAGUUUAUAAAUGGUCUAAUGGCAAUGAAUACAGGGGUAUCUUUAUGAAUGAUUACAAACACGGUUAUGGCGAAAUGCAUUAUGUUGAUGGGAAGAUACUUAAGGGAAAUUGGGAAUAAGGUAAACUAGUUAAUGAGAUCAAAUCGAAUUCAUCCAAAAAGAUGUCGAAUUCAUUUGACAAUCAUAUUAAGAUAGUUGACAAUACACAUUAUUUUAAUAAGAGUUAAUAAAACAAAAAUAUAUUGAUGGAUAAUCAAUUGCAAAAUAAUAACUAAAUUAAAAAUAUUCCUUACAAUGAGUGUGAUAACGAAAAGUUAAGUAAUUAAUAUGCUGAUGCAUUUAACAGUAAUAAAGAUAUCCCUAACAACAACAAAAGUAACCCAGCUUCCUCUUAAACCCACAGAACCACAAAAACAAUUCGGAUAAGAUAGUAUCAGAAGGAUAAAUCUUUUAGUAUGAGUCAAUAAAAUUCACAAUAUGGACCUUCGAGUCCUAAAAGAGAUUUUUCAGAGAAGAAUGAAAAACAAAAAACGUAAACUAGAUUUUGCAUCAAAACAUCUGACAAUUUUUAUCUACACAUAAGAAGGCCAAAAUAGUUCUCUUUAUACUAAAAUUGA